UUGAACACAAAGUAAGAUGAAUUCGAUUCAAAUGUAAAAUACAAACGAUUAUAUGAUCAAUUUAAAAAGAUUUAAAAUAUAUUAUUUAUAAUAUAAUAAUUUACAAUAAUCAUUAUAUUUAUAGUUAUACUGAUUAAUAUAAUUAAAAUUUUAAAAAAUUUUGCAAUAUAUUAAAAAUAUGGAUACAUUCAUUUGUAAUAAAUGUUUUGUAACGACAAAUAGAGGAAAAAAACCAUUUUGUUUAACUCAGUGCGGUCAUAUAUAUUGUCAUGGAUGCAUACAACAAGCUGAAAAACAGUGUCCUCAAUGUGAACAGAUCGAUAUUUUUUCCGUUGAGUUACAACAACCAUCAUUGUCAAAAGUAGAAAAUUUCUUUGUUCCAUUGAGUGAAUCAUUGGAAUCAUUACACAAAAUAUGUGGUUUUCAAAGUAAUCAAAUGAAAAUCAUGAUGCAACGCUUUUAUGAAAUUGAUCAAAAAUACGAAACAUUGAAAUCACAUUAUCAUAACCUCACCCAACACAUAAACAUAAUUAGGGAUAAAUAUGUAAAAUUAAAAAUGGAAUAUACUGAACAAAAAAAAAAAUUGAUGUCAUUUGAAAUGCAAAAUGAAACGUCAAACUUUUUGAAUAGUACAACUACUCCAAUGAAAUUUAACCAAAGAAAUUCAAAAAUAAGAACUGGAUCAAAUUCAUAUUUUUCAUCUUAUAGAACAAAUAUAUCAAAUCAAUCAUUUAAUAUAAGAAAAGAAAAAGCAGAAGGUUUUCGUAUUCCUCAUCAGACAGUACGAUCAAUUGGUUCUCGUAAAACUUCAGAAUCGAAUUCUAUUUUUUUUAUUAAAUAGAUACUUAUAAAACAUUUUAUUAACGAAUAUAAUAAUAUUAAAAUUAUCUUAUCAUAGAAAUCUUUUAAAAUUUAAAAUAGAAAAAGUGAAUUUUAAAAAAUAAAAGUUUAAUUUUUUUUAAUUUUUGUACGCAAUUAAGAAUUAGGUUAAUAAAUGUAGAUUUUUAUUUAAAUUCAUAUAAAAUUAAUCUUUAAGUGAUUAGUUAGAUUAAUUAUUUACAAUUAUUUAUUAUUAUGUUAAAUAAUUAAUUAUUUAUAGAUUAUAAACUUAAAAUAUAAAAAUAUAAGUUAUUUCUAUAAAAAAUUGUAACAAUUAUUUAAUAAUAAAGAAAAGACAAUUAAAUUA